AUGGACGAGUCGUGCGGACAGUUAGAUGAGCUGGCCAUGGCCCGACUAAGUAUGCCCAAUUUUCAGCACUUUGCGAGCCAAAACAAUGUUGAUAACGAGUCCUCCCAUCAGUCUGGUACCUCGGAAUGGCUUCAGAAUGGGCAGGAUUUCCAGGAGUGGUCGAAAGAAAGGAACUCCAUCCUGUGGCUUACUGGUCCACCUGGCUCUGGCAAAACAAUCAUGAUGAGUCACAUAAUCGAGUCGAUGGCUUGCCAAACUCCUGAUCAUGAGUAUGAACCGGCUUAUGCCUUUGUCUAUUGCAACUUCCGCAACCCCGGCACACAAGACCUGGUAAACAUCAUGGGAGCCUUCCUAGGCCAACUUUGCACCCAAAUGGGUUAUUUUCCCAAAGAACUGCAGAGUUCAUUCCAGACAAGCACAGAGCAAGGCUGGGGCCAACCACCGGCCAUUGAGAUGAUAUCCGAAGAAAUCAGGAUGCUGUCGAUGAAACGGCGAGCUUAUCUCUUUGUUGACGGCAUCGAUGAAGUUGAAGAUCCCAAAACGUUGGCAGAGAUCCUAGUGUCAUUGGCGGACUCAUCAUCCUGGGUCAAUAUCCUAGUCUCAAGCCGGAAUGACGUUGCUAUUCAGCGGGCCCUGUCGGAUGUUCGGCGUGUGUCUCUCGAGCAUCAUGUUCCGGAGAUCGACCAAGACAUCGGACGCUUUCAAUGGGCAUCUUGUCAGCUCGACUCUCUCAGCCGGUGCCGCACAAUUAGGGACAUCAAAAAGUCUCUGCAGAGGUUACCACAGGGGCUAAGCGCGACAUACGCAAGGCUCAUUCUGCGUUCAUGCCCCGCAGAUGUUGCGCUUGUGAAGAAUAUCAUGACAUGGCUCGCCUUUUCUUGUGUCCCUCUCACCCUUCCCCAACUGUGGGAAGCACUUGCAAUUGAGAAAGGGGAAAAUGUGAUUGAUGAUGAGUCUCGACUACGAAGUCCUCAGGAUAUUCUCCUCCUCGGUAACAGUCUGAUCGCCGUCUCACCAGAUGGUCACGUUGCACUGUCUCAUCUUUCUGUUCGGGACUACCUUGUGUCCACCGAAAUUAGGAGCGACCCGAAAACGGCGGUCUUCGCUCUUGAUCCUGGAAUAAGUCACAGAGAGCUGGCUCAAGAUUGCCUCACCUAUCUGCUACUCUCUGACCUAUCUUCUGGACCGUCAAACACGGAACAGGAGUACUUGUCUAGGCUGGUGCACUUCCCACUGCUUCAAUACGCUACCAAAUACUGGUUCUACCAUGCUCGCAACGCGGUAGUUGACGAUGAGAUUCGAGACCUGACUAUGAACUUCUUUGCACCGGAGGCAAGGGACAGCUUCAUGUCCUGGGUUCAAGUCUUGAACGCAGAUUCGCCAUUCAAAUGGAACGUCUACCCCAGACAUGCAACAUCGCUUUACUAUGCUGCCUCGCUGGGACUUGACGAGGUAGUUGAGUCUCUACUUGGGUCGACAAGUCUAGAAGAGAUCAAUGCUCCCGGAAGCCGAUUUGGAGGUACAGCAAUCCAUGCCGCAGCUAUUCGGGGACAUGUUUCAAUCAUCAAGAAGCUUGUUGCUGCAGGGGGUGAGGCAGGUAAGGCAGACUUCAACAAGGUAACUCCUCUGCAUAGUGCUGCAAGUCGACGCAGCGUGGAAACCAUCAAGGUCUUGUUGGAGCAUGGAGCCCCAAAAGAAGCCAAGGAUGGAAUGGACGGAAAGACCCCUGCUGAUUGGGCUAGACUAAGUGGUCAUGUGGACGUGGCGAGGUUGAUUGAAACAUUUUCUGAAGAGGCUGGUCCGGAAAAAGAGCACCAGGGCAGUAAAGGAAAACGCACGAACUGCGAGCUACCUUCAGACACAUUUUCAGACUCUAUGCCUCACACAAUUGAGGUGUGGCAACCGGGUGUCUGCUUCUUUCCCGACUUCUAUGAGAGGAGAUCUGGACUGGACUGCUCUCACAUUGUUGGCAUAACCAUUGGGGAAGAGUCUUGUACCUUUGACAGCGACUUUACGUUCAGGCGGAGUGAAGGGCUAGAUGAUGGUUCGACCCCCCAGUGUGGUAGAUAA